AUUGAAGCAUAAUUGCUGCGUACAUUUAAUUAUCCCCAUCAUUUAAAUAAAAAUUGUCUAACCAGCGUCUUCACCGUAAAUCACUCCAAUAGAUAUAACAUAAAAUCAUAUUUAUAAGGCCUUUUCUUAAGAUGUUUUCAGUUUUAUUGCAGAAAAGUUAUUCUUUUCAUAGGACGGAUUGUAAAUUUACAUAGGCCUACAAUUUUAUUCCAAACUAUGUUUGGGCCUUUUCUUUCACAAUGUGUUCCUUUACUAUGGUCGUUUAUAAUUGUUAUCGGUGAUAAUCCUGUUUAUUCGUUCAGAUUCCCUGUUGUAUUUGCACAAUUUUUUUGUGAAUAGAGAAACACACAACAGGUUUAAAACGGACCGUCUUUCUGUAUAUAUAAAAAAGCAUUCAGUUGAUCUUUUUCUGCGCCAGGCUAAAAUGCAGAAGCGACCAACUGGCACCAGCUAAUGUCAAGUUGACCUAUCUCACUUUUCUAAGGUGUAAAAACUGAAAAUGUCACACACAUGAAAGAGAACUUUCGUGAACCAACCCAUAAGACCCAAGUCAUCAGCUAAGGAAGGCUUUUUGAAACAAGUUACCGACCCCCUUAGUGAAAGAACAAAAAUGCAAAAGCGAGCACACACGCAUGGUGUUUACUUAAGCUACAGCUAGCUUAUUUGGGGCAGGAACACAAUAGAGCUGCCUAUUUAUGAAAAUAUUAAAGAUGGCGAAAGCGCUAGCUACUGCUUUUGUCGAUAAUCUACUAACUUGCAGCAUCUGUUUAGAAGAAUAUGAGGACCCUCGAGUGCUGACGUGCAAUCAUACCUUCUGUCUGAAGUGUAUAACAGACCACGGGAAUAGAACUCAGCAUAAAAAUGAACAAGAUGGUUUUCAGUUUCUCUGUCCACUGUGCAGAGAACCCAACGCCGUACCGUCGGGUGGCCUACGGACUUUGAAGAAAAACUUUGCCUUUAUCAAAGCCAUAGAAAUCUUAGAAGAACAACAGAAAAAUAAAGACGAAGAACAGGCGACCAUUGACGAAGUCAAGCAAGCCAUAUCUAAGUUGACUAUACAGUGUCAAAACCACUCUGGACGCGAACUACUGUACUAUUGCUCCUUGGAUGAGACAACUGUCUGCGGAGACUGCAUUAUAGACUAUCAUCAGGGUCACAAGUGCGUGCGAGUGGAAGACGUCGCGGAAAAUGAAAAGGAGCGUCUAAAAUCAGCGAUUGAAAAACCGUUGCAAGAGCUGCAACGUUUAAAACAAGAAGAGGAAAAUGCAACCCGGAUUGCGGAGCAGAGAAAACGUCAGCGAGAGGCUGUGGUAUCAGAUAUAAAACAAGAUUUGAGAAAAAUAGUCGAAGCUGCUGAGGACCAUAGUCGGAGACUUAACGCGGAAGUGGCUUCGGUUGAAGAUGACGAAACCAAACAACUGGAAGCUUUCAAAGACGAACUUGAAAUGAGACAAGUCACCAUUCACAGUGCUUGCGAGUUUGCUGAGCAACUGAUUCAGAGCGGGACGGACGCUGUUGUUAUGUCCCAAAGUAAGGCUCUGCUAGAGAGGCUAUCCAAUCUUAGCGAGUCUCUUCAAACCGACAUUCCACUCAACAUUUCAAUGUUAGAUUUCUCUCGCGUGAUAACAUAUAAACCGAUUGACAGAUCUCUUGAUGACAUGCUGGGGAACAUUCAAGUAUCACUAAGUACAGACUCUGGAGAAGCUCGGCAGUCCGGGCGAGAACGGCGACUGUUUUCACGGGUAAUAACCCCAGAAGAAAUCGCAGCAGGUUACACUGUGCCGCUCAGCAGAUCUUCAAGCACUGGUAGCACCUCUCAAUCAAGCCUGGAGGAGCGACCUCUUCUGAAGCAAACGUUCAAUGCAAAACUCGUGGAUGACAAAGACAGGUGCUCAGUAUCUGACAUGAUUGUGGAUGAUUCGUACAUCUACCUUGCGGAUAUGUCCAACAACAGAGUAAAGAUCCUGACGCAUUCAGGACAAAUACAGACCGUUUUGGCGGCAAACGAGCCGGGAGGAGUCGAGGUGCUCCCAAACGGAGACAUAUGUGUCAGCAUCUUCGACGAUCAGCUGGUUAGGGUGUUCGACGCUCAAGGUCGACAGUCAAUGACCUUAGGUAAAGGGUUAAUGAAGGAACCCUUCGGCGUCACCAUGAUCUCUCAAAACCAGCUGGUAAUAUGUGACUCGGUUAAGAAACGCUUGGUUAUACUUGAACCCACCAGUGGAAAACAUCUGUCCUCCAUUGCAUUGGACAUGUGUAAUAUACCAUGUUGUAUCGCAGUGAACUUGUCCAACGGCUCCAUCAUCGUCUCCGACUAUGGGGGUGACUGUGUGUUCGUGAUGACCCUUAGCGGAGAGGUAAUAGCCCACUAUGGGAGCCCCGGGUGCGGUGACGGGGAGCUGUGGCAGCCCAAGGGAGUGUGUUCAGAUAGCUCGGGGCGUAUAUUCAUUGCAGAUUACUGGAAUCACAGAGUGGUAAUGAUAAGCAAAUAUGGCCGUUUCUUGAAGAAUGUCGUCACCCGGGAGGAUGGACUGAAGAAUCCACAAGCUGUCGCCUUUGACACACAAGAACAGUUAGUUGUUGCAGAGGAGAGUGGAUUUAUUAAGACAUUUCAGAUCUCACUGUGACAUUAUUCAGUGAGAGCCGGUCUGACUUCUUAUGCAAUCACUCUGUUGUCAGUGACGAUGUGAAUCAAAGGAAACUACUGAAGAUGCAGAAGUCUUUGACUUAAAAGCAUAAAAGUUGAUUAAAGUCCAAUUAGGCCAUACAAAAUUGAUAAAAUGGUUAACAAGUGGGACCGAUCCUUUUCUUUGGGACAUCAGGUUUUUUUAACAAAUGGAAAAACUUAUUUGGUAUUGGUUUGGUUAGUGAAAAGAUUUUCAACUGAACGCAGAAAUUCUUAAUGAUUUUGUUUUUAUUGCCCACUCUGUGAAAAUGGAAAUUCCCACCUCUUAAUUGAAAAAAAAAAAGAUCUACCCUGAAAUUCAACUGCUAGCUAGUUAAAUAUCACAUGUAAAUAAAAAGCAAAAAAUAAUCUGUUCACCGACCCUGCUAACUGAGAGUAGCCGACUGUUAACCAAUUCAUCCGGUGUAAAUUUUGUCUGGCUUUAUGAUUCUAGUAUGUCAUUGUACAUUUAGGUAAUAUAUUGUCCAGGCAAAUUUUUGUCACGGAAUUGAUCAAAGUUAAAAAUUUAUGAAUUCACUUUCUUUCAGUUGGUUUAUUUUGUUUUAAGCAAUAAUGUAUUGUACACUAGGUAUUUUGUUUUAUUAUUGUAAACACCGCUGGGACGCAUGUGGAGCUCAAAACUUUUUAUAAUUGUUAUUAUUAUUUUAGUAUACCCCUGCUAACUAUUCGCAUCUUUUUCGUGUUAAGUUCUUUUGUAGAAAAUUAAAAUAGGAUGCAAAUAUGAAAACACCCUUCUCAGAGCUCUUGUAAAAACGAGUGUGUCUCACAGUCUGUUAUGUUUACCCCCAGUUGGUUAUUAAUAAUUUGAUUCAUUUUUAUUUAACUCCCGGUUUCACUUUGGUUUAAAUUCUGCGUGUAUAGACAGGCCUAAUAAACGGAUUAGGCGUUUACUAACACCAUCCGUAGAUUUAUAAUAUGGGCGAAAAUGCUAAAAGAUCUGCGGGGA